CGGGCGGCCGGGUGGCGGCGGUGGCAUGGCGGAGCCGAGCGGGGCCGAGACGAGGCCCCCCAUUCGGGUCACCGUCAAGACCCCCAAGGACAAGGAGGAAAUUGUGAUCUGCGACCGAGCCUCGGUCAAAGAGUUUAAAGAGGAAAUCUCCCGGAGAUUUAAGGCACAGCAGGAUCAGCUGGUCCUGAUCUUCGCAGGCAAGAUCCUCAAGGAUGGGGACACACUGAACCAGCAUGGGAUCAAGGAUGGGCUCACUGUUCAUCUGGUCAUCAAGACCGCUCAGAAGGUUCAAGAUCCAGCUACUGCCACUGCUUCCUCCCCUUCCACCCCAGACCCAGCCUCAGCCCCCUCCACCACCCCUGCUUCACCCGCCACGUCUGCCCAGCCCUCCACUUCUGGAAGUGCCACUUCAGAUACAGGCAGUGGAAGCCGAAGGGGCAGUGGAGGGGGUACCUCCCCAGGGACUGGGGAGGGACCUCCCAGUGCCACUACAUCCAUACUCUCUGGCUUUGGGGGCAUCCUGGGCUUGGGCAGCCUGGGCUUGGGCUCUGCCAACUUCAUGGAGCUGCAGCAGCAGAUGCAGAGGCAGCUGAUGUCCAAUCCUGAGAUGCUGUCGCAGAUCAUGGAGAACCCCCUGGUCCAGGACAUGAUGUCUAACCCCGACCUGAUGCGCCACAUGAUCAUGGCCAACCCCCAGAUGCAGCAGCUGAUGGAGCGGAACCCCGAGAUCAGCCACAUGCUCAACAACCCUGAGCUGAUGAGGCAGACAAUGGAGCUUGCUCGAAACCCAGCCAUGAUGCAGGAGAUGAUGCGGAACCAGGACCGGGCUCUAAGCAACCUGGAGAGCAUCCCUGGAGGGUAUAAUGCCCUCCGCCGCAUGUACACGGACAUCCAGGAGCCCAUGUUUAGUGCUGCCAGGGAGCAGUUUGGCAACAACCCCUUCUCUUCCCUGGCCGGGAACUCCGAGAGCUCAUCCUCCCAGCCUCUGCGGACUGAGAAUCGAGAGCCCCUCCCUAACCCCUGGAGCCCCUCGCCCCCCGCCUCCCAGGCCCCCGGGUCCGGUGGGGAGGGCACCGGAGGAUCAGGGGCCAGCCAGGUGCACCCGACAGUCUCCAAUCCCUUUGGGAUCAAUGCGGCUAGCCUGGGGUCAGGGAUGUUCAACAGCCCAGAAAUGCAGGCUCUGCUCCAGCAGAUCUCUGAGAACCCCCAGCUGAUGCAGAACGUGAUCUCAGCCCCCUACAUGCGCACCAUGAUGCAAACGCUUGCCCAGAACCCCGACUUUGCUGCUCAGAUGAUGGUGAACGUGCCGCUCUUUGCGGGGAACCCCCAGCUGCAGGAGCAGCUCCGCCUGCAGCUCCCGGUCUUCCUGCAGCAGAUGCAGAACCCAGAGUCACUCUCCAUUCUCACCAACCCCCGAGCCAUGCAGGCGCUGCUGCAGAUCCAGCAGGGACUGCAGACCUUGCAGACCGAGGCCCCAGGGCUGGUACCCAGCCUUGGCUCUUUUGGGAUGGCCCGGCCCCCAGCAUCCUCGGCAGGCAGCAACGCCGAGUCUGCGCCCGAGGCGCCCACCCCCUCGCCAGCCCUCCCAGUCACGUCAUCUCCAGCAGGGGCCUCCAGCGCUCAGCAGCAGCUCAUGCAACAGAUGAUCCAGCUUCUGGCUGGAAGCGGAAGUUCACAGGUGCAGACGCCAGAAGUGAGAUUUCAGCAGCAGCUGGAGCAGCUCAACUCCAUGGGCUUCAUCAAUCGUGAGGCCAACCUGCAGGCUCUGAUCGCCACGGGAGGGGACAUCAACGCAGCUAUCGAGAGGCUGCUGGGCUCUCAGCUCUCCUAAUCCCUCAGCCCGGGCCUCUGGCGUCCCCCUUCCCUUGAUGCCAGCGUUUGGCUCCUCUGUCGGGCUGGCCCUCUGCAGCUUGUCAUCCCUUCUGUUCUUCCCCCUUGUUCUCUCCAGACAGCAGGGUGACUUGAGAGGGGUGGGUCCCAGCCCCGUGGCUCUGAGAAUUCCACUUCCACUUCACCUCUUGUAGAACCUUCUCUCCUGGUCCUGCCUGCUCAAGCAGAGCUAUUUAAACAGUUUUCAGUUUUUGUUGAUUGGCCCCACCUGCUUACCCCACAACCAUCUUUUGCAGCCUUCACACUUCUCAGUGGCAGUGCAGAGUUGAAGGAGGAACCCACUGUCUGCUUUGUUAGAACAGGGUCUUCUCUCUCUACCACUAGGAUUUUUCUUGUCUUAUGAUUACUUUUGGUAACUCUUCCUCCUCUCUUUCCCCUCAUCCCCUCCCACCUCCAGCCUACCCAGUGCUAGACUUCCAUCCUCUGAAGGAGGGCCAGGUGAAGCAGGCUGUGAUUUUCCUCCUCACCCCAUGUUCUGAACACUUUCAGGGGGUCUGUUGGCAUUCCCAGUGGAAGGAAGAUGCUUGUUCCCCCUGUCUGAAGGGAGACAUGAGACGCAGCCCCCUGGAGCAGGAGUUAACAAGCCCUGAAGUGAAGUUGCUCAGUCGUGUCCGACUCUUUGCGACCCCGUGGACUGUUGCCUGCCAGGCUCCUCUGUCCAUGGGAUUCUCCAGGCAAGAAUACUGGAGUGGGUUACCAUUUCCUUCUCCAGGGGAUCUUCCCGACCCAGGGAUUGAACCCAGGUCUCCCGCAUUGGAGGCAGACUCUUUAACCUAAGCCCUGUACCAGCCCAAUAAGGGGAUGAGGGAAUGAGACUUUCUGGAGGAAGGGAAUGGGGGAAAUAGCCUGAGCAGAGAACUUGGAAGUUGGAAUUGACAGGGAAUGGAAACACUAAUAGUUCUUUUAGUCCACAGAGUCUAGGCUUUGGCCUGGCAAAAGAGAUUUAGAGAUGGUAAUGAAAUUUGAGUUGAAGAAAAGGGUUCAGUGAAGCUAAACAGUAUGGCUCACAAGGGAUUAUAUUGGUUCCAUUUCCUCAAACACACAUGCUUCUGUACAUUCACACACAUUUCCAUGAACUCAGGACCUGCCUGCAUCUCCAGGUACCAGUGAUUUAAGCCCCGCUCAGAAGACAUGAAGAGGAUUGGGGUCUGUCUCAGCAGUGAGGGUGUGUGUGGGUGGGUGGGUGCAUGGAUGCAUGCACGCACACAUGUGCAUGUGAGUUGAGUGGGAGGGUGGAUACCUUAUUGAUUUCUGGUUAGAGUUUCAGCCCACCAGGCAGAAAUAGGCAGAAGGGCCUGUCUAGGUCAGGAAUAUAUACACCCUGGAGAGCUGGGUCCCUUAGGCCUCUGGAUCCCUGGGUAGUGUGGGUACCCCUUCUGAAGCUGUCAGGGCUGUGACUGGCACCCUUGAUUACCCCUCCCCUUAUUGCUUUCGGGGGGAUAGUGGGGGAGGAGUCUUACUCUGUAGAACCCCUGGCCGCUCCUGCCCUUGAGUUUUCACUGUUUCCCUCCAGGCCAGAAAGUUCUAUUUGUGGAAGGAAAGGAGAGGGCAGCAAUGAUGCCUUUGAUCUGGAAUUGGACUUUACUCUAGUGGAGCACAGGGGAGGCUCAGAUCACCUCCUCUCUCUGCUACUUAGCCCAGCUGCUUGGAGGACCAAUUACGGAGGCAAGAGGAACUGAAUUUUCUCCCAAGUGGGAAAGGGUCCCAAGCAAUCCAGAGAGGAUGUCUGUGUGGCUUUCCCUCCCUACCUCCCCCAACUCCUACUCUGGCCUUUGUAAAUAAAUGAUAUGGUCUUU